GAGUCUGCUCGGGCAGAAGCAGGUCGCAGCUCAGCUCAGCAACACGGCAUCUCAUCCGUCUUCCGUCCGCUCGCGUCUGCAACGCCAAGAGAUGGUAGCGGUGCUGGCACUGUUUGUGUUGGCCACAGUGGGCGCGUCGAUGUCGGGAGCAGACCGCGCCCCCUCGGACCACGCCCCUUCGGACCACUCCCCCUCGGGCCACGCCCCCUCCCUCGAGCCCGCCGACGGGCGUCGCGGCCUCCGCGCCUUCCGCAUCCCCACGCCUUACCGGCCGCUGGUGCACAUCCGUCCAGAGGCUGCACAAGACGUAGCGCCGCCGCCUCCGGAGGCGGAGCGCAGGCGGGACGGUGGCGGCGGGGCCACGGCGGCGCAGCUGCUGACCGGGGGCGGCUGCCGCCAGGGCGAGAAGUGCGACACCACGCCGCAGCACACGCAGGAGCUGAUCGAGAAGUUUCUGAAGGAAUUGGCAGCAUCUACGCGCGAUCGACCACCAGCACUGGUUGCUACACCAAUCAGGGACCAUGACAACAAGAUCGACCCGGGGAAUCGACUGCGGCCAUCGACUGAGGAACCCACCAACAGGUUGGCGAGCCUGUACCUGGACAAUGAGGAGGCUGCUGACAAAAGCAGCGGCAGCAGCAGCAGUGAGUCCAGUGAGAGAGACACGGGGCCUGUCGAGGGUUCCGGUGAAGGCGACGGCGAGCUGGGCUCCAGCGAGCAGAGCUGGAGUCUGCUGGAGUCCAAAAGGCACCGUCAUCCCUACGACGACCGUGACGGCUGGGUGACGCUGGAGGCAGUGCCCUGGGCCGCUGCCAAGGUCGCCAAAUGGAAGCCCAACCCUGGCCGGCGACCACCCUGGGUCACGCUGCAGAACAGCUACGGGGGCCAGCAGAGCGGUCGCCCCCACGACCGCUGGGACCGGCCUCAACCGACUUCCGUCUGGCACCGACCCGCCGUGGAGCGCCCCCCGGCUGUGGAGCCGUCACUGCCGGCGGACCCUGACGAAUACCUGGCGCACCACCACGCCGAUAUCGUCACUGACGAGCGCCCCCUACACCGGCCCCCCUGGGCGCCCCCUCUCGGCAGUGCCGAGAUCGGAGAGGGUGGCGGUGGCAGUGUGUACGGCCUCUCUCACUCCCACCACCAGCAGCACCGACCUGCCAGACCCGGCUACACUUUCCCAGCAGAGCCCCCGGGGAUGGACUCGCUUCACCAGCCCCACCACCACCAGCCGCACCACCCUCUCAGCUACCCGGGUGAGGCGGACGGUGAGUGGGUGCUGCUGUCCAGCACCAAGGGCUACUCCCUGCCGCCACACCGCCGCCUGCACCAGCGCGCCGUCUCCUUCAGCGCAAGACCCAUCACCUCCAGGAGGUCGGUCCGGCUCACCGUGCUGCCUGCGCCCAGCGGCACGACCAACACGUCGACGUCGCACGGCGGCCUGCUCGAGGUGCACAGCUCCCUCAACAGCGUCGAGCAGGACGUGCACGACCGCGAACACGACCAACAGAAUGGCCUGGUGCCCGCAGAAGACAUCCCCGUGUUCACCGGCUCGCCAGCACGUCCCACUCUGGCGUCUGUGCCAGUAUUACAAGGUGUUGGCAGUGGAGCCAACUUGACAUCACAGUUUGGCACCCGCCCACUACAGCAGCAGCUCGUGCACGUGGUACCGGGUAGGAAGGGCACCAAGCCGAAUCCGGGCCGUGCACUGUUGGCAGCAGUAGGUGCCGGGGUGUUACCUGCUACUGUGGCCAUGUUGGUACCGCUGGCACUCGGACGCCGAAGGCGGAGAAGCAUCUACGGAGGGGAAUAUCCCGGUAAACACUGGCUGCUUGUUGCAGACACUACCACAUUGAGCAGGGAACAGACUGCAUCAGCCAGGAGACCAAACCAACAUCACCAGGAGAGGUUCUAGCUGCUAUCACCACUGCAUGUGUUCAACAAAUGGCACUGCUGUAACUCCAUCGUUAAUGAGACGUUGUGUGGUGUUAUAGUCAAAAGAGGUCAUUGGCAAGCUGGGUUCUGCUAACAAACAGUGGAUGUCACUAAAACAUGAAGGUCCUCACUAGCGAAAUAAGUCAUCAUUUUUGGAGUUUCGUGCUCAAGUUGGUAGGCUCUUUGGGUUGUCUUAAGUAUAGAGUUCCUAAAUGCAUUACUUCUCCAACAUCCUGGUUUUGUAUCUGUCCCUUCCCACCUUCACCCACACACAUGUGUAAAUAGAAUUUAGGUAUCAUAGUAAGUUCAUUAUGUGUCAUGAUCCCUAAAACGUUUAAUCUCAAAUAUUCAGGUAGAUUAUGUAAAGCAGCGAGGAUCAAAUAAUAUACAGUUGUGCUGGAAUUUGUACUUGUGGUACUUCAUGGCUCUGGAUGCAACCACUUUGACUGCAGCAGGUUUUCCAGCCACUCAGCCAACCACUGGACCUCAGUUUAGCAUUAUUUAACCAUCAAAUCACUUCACCUUAUCUUCUAAACUUUCCACUCCUCUCACACAAUUUGUUACCAUCGAUAUUUCACCUGAUAUGUCAGUCUCUCCUUUCUUCCAGGAGUGUGGGUACUGCAAUGAGAUCGUCUAUCAAAGUUUGGAAACGAGGACAUAUUUACUGGCAGUAGUGAAACUGUGUUAUCAAUGGUGUCCAGCCAUCUCAGUUGAUAAAAACAUUGCAAACGAAAGGCAAGUUUACAGGUUCCAGUAUCACUCCAAAACACAGUUUUAAUGUGCCAGGAAGCUUCAACUCAGUGUGAACCACAUGUCUAUCAUCUUUCUUUUGUUGAUCUCAAAAUUUCAAAUGCUUGUGUGUUGUUACCAUCUGCACUGACAAAUGUGAAGGAUUACCAAAAACCAAUACACAAACUGGCCAGUGUAACAUACCAACAGUCAUAAAAUCAUAUACAGAUUGAUGUAACACUGACUCAACUCCAUCUGUCUCUGUCUCUAUUUAUCCAGUUAUCAAUGCACCAACACCAGUAUUAAGCUAUAAGAACAGAUCACUUUUUACAUGUGGAGGGGAAGAAAGGAAAUGUACAAACAAUACUCAAGAAAAUAAUUAAUGCAUCCACUUAGCUGGUCACAAAACAUGCCAAUGGGGGCAUUUAGUGCUUCCAUAUGCAAUUAAAAGUCGACUCCAUCCUCAACCUUUUUGAAAACGUCAUCAGGGUAGACAGGGAAUACAGAAAA